AACUGUAUUUUAAUCUUGGCUAGAGGCCUUUUACCCCAGUCUUCCCCUAUAGCAAGAAGCAAAUGAAUCACAGCCAGAGGACAAACAUUUAAUUUAGGGGGUAGAUUCCAGGGAAGCUGCAUCCGAGCCGGGGCUGAGUACAACCGCACUCCGAUGUUUGCGUUUAAAAUCUGUUGAUCUGUUGAUGGCCACGCGUGAAAAAUUCAAAUUUAAAUUGCUCAAUCGGAAGCUGAUCUCCUGCAGUUUUCCCAUAGAUGACAGUUAUUGGUUGGUCAACCAAUGCAUGCCAGAUUUGGGCAGGGGUGAGAAUGUUUAAUCUCCCCAGAUGGAUAUCAGGCCACCAGAAUGGUCUUCUGAUAUACUACCACCGCACCGUUGCGUUGUUGAGAGGUGUGAAAGUUGCAUUCGUGAUAAAAAAGGGGUGACUCCCGGCAACAACGGCUGAAAACGAACUGCUCAACCGUUACACGUUUGGGUUCAAAACUAAAAAAAAAAGAUAAUCGUAGGCCUAUCGGAAACGAGUUUUCAAUUUAUUACAACGCACGUGGGACACCAGACACCGCCGGGGUCAGUGAAAAAUGAGAUGUAAUUUGUCACUGUUGCGAAUAGUUCCUAUACGUUAGGGUCUUGUAGAACUGGCAACCCUGAAGUGAGAGCGACGUUCGAUAGAGCAAAUGUCUAUUGGAAGUAGCGUAUGAAGAGCAGUGCGUUUUAGUUCGUGGAAGGCAGAACAACGAUGGAUUGUGCACUGUUGGGAGAUUUGUGCGUGAACUAAUACUACAACUUUUUGAAGCUGCUUGAAAUAGAAGCUGCUUUCAAAAUGGUAUUCUAGUUCCGAAAGUACCACACGCCCCAACAAAUUUCAAAAAGUUGUACUCCACCAGAAGCAUUCCGCCAUGGAAAGUGUAGAAGACGAACUUUCCCUUCUAGAGAAGAAGAAUGAGUUGUGGCGGAAGGACUAUGACGAACGAGUGAAACGUAUGGAGCUUCACUACGAGCAAGACAUGGCCAAAAUCGACGAGGAGUUCAGAAAAGCUGUACGCAAAAUGGAAUUGGAAUUCAGCGCUAGGAAAGAAGCAGUGAUACGGCAAUAUAGUGGGAAUGCGGUCAGCAAAGGAAAGGUAAUAAAACCGAUUCCACAAAGUGACGACGCCCAGCCGCAAAAAGACUGCACUUGUGUAUCGAUUCCAGUAGGCUCUUCCGAACAAACCUCGCAAACAAUGUUCUUGCUCAAAUCAGCUGUUUCACAAAACAUCGUCAUCGGUGAUCGGUCUCUCCAAAAGAAAGGAGAAAUCAUCAAAACAACACCAGCUGAUUCGUCAUCAGCGUACAAGCAGGGACAAAACACAAUGCCCAUUGCAACUAGAGUGAUACGGGUAGCCUGUCGAAAGCCACAUCCAACGAUGAAAGAGCAACACCGCUACCGCCGCCGCCGUCGUCGCCGCCACCGCCGCUGGAAGCCAGGCAAUCGUCAUCAGUCUAAAACGUUGCUGUUCGAUCCCGGUGGGUAUUGUACUGUAGCUAGCAGUGGAACGAGUCAACUCGACUUGCGCGUACGUUCAACAAUUCACAUCCACGAUGGUAUGGUGCUGCCAUCAUCAGAAGGUUCAUUGCUUGCGCGCAACGUUUCCAAAUUUAUUUCGAAGUUUCGGAUAAAAAUUGUGCAGCAGAUGGGCUUCAGUUUGUUACCAGCUCCACGGGGGGGAAUGUUGCGAAUAGUUCCUAUACGUUAGGGUCUUGUAGAACUGGCAACCCUGAAGUGAGAGCGACGUUCGAUAGAGCAAAUGUCUAUUGGAAGUAGCGUAUGAAGAGCAGUGCGUUUUAGUUCGUGGAAGGCACUCUCUAAAAUAAAAGCUCUCAUUUUUGAGUAGCGCCCAUGCCGCACAGGGACUGUGUUGGAAACACACAUUUUUUUAAAUUGCUUGCACGCUCACAUUUUUGCAAAAUAUCAAUAUUUUUCGGUAUUUGAAGGUGGUUUAUAAACCCAGUGAGGUUGCCAUGUCGAAAUUAUUGCAAAAUACAUGCUCAUAUGAGCGUACGAGCAAUUUUAAAAAAAUGUGUGUUUCGAACACAGUCAUGUGCGGCAUGGAUGUUUACUAAAAAUGUGCAGGCCGAACACAUUUUUGAGCGUAGCCGUUUUUGCGUGCAGAACAACGAUGGAUUGUGCACUGUUGGGAGAUUUGUGCGUGAACUAAUACUACAACGUAAGAUAGUUUAUAUGGUAAUUAUUAACUGUUAAAUUAAUUAUACUUCAAUAAAUUUGCAGUUUUUGAAGCUGCUUGAAAUAGAAGCUGCUUUCAAAAUGGUAUUCUAGUUCCGAAAGUACCACACGCCCCAACAGUCACCUAGCGUUUCCUUACACACAGGGAGAUCAGAGCAUAUUUUAGCGCCACAUUGUGUGGAUGGUGGAUUUUAUGAAUAAAAAAUUGAGAUGAUAAUAGAGUGUGAAAUUGAGCAUCGAAUUUGGAACAAUCAAUCAUACGGAUAGAAUGGGAAAUGGGAUGGGAAAAAAUGAGACACUAAUUUUCCCAUUUUUCACGUGAAUUGAUAAAUUUUCUUGCAAAAGAUAGACAUUUUGGUUAGAGUCAUGCUAAAUCGGAGCUCUUACCUUACAUGACCAUUUUUUCAUCUCCUGGGCGUAGCUGUGGCAUAGUCUAUGCUUGUCAAUUCAAAUGUAAAUCAAAAAGGGUGCCGCUUUUCGAUCACUUUUGCACAUUUUGAACGCAUUGUCACGCACAGACCUGUGUACGAAAACACUUUUUACAUACUUCAUUCACGUAAAAUUCAGCAUAUUUGUAGUUCCGUGUCAAAAAUUGAGCUCAAUCCAUCAAAACAAACCAUAGAUACAGCAUCUCAGAGUUGGUUAUUUUGUAUGGAAAUUGACGUUUGUCCGAUCAAUUAUGCACCACAGUGUAUCACAACGCAAUACAAUGAAAUCAAUGUUAGUCAGCAACGCAGUCCCCCGAGGGAAAAAUCCACUCAUUUGCAGUGUCGAAUUAUUAUUUAUGGGUAUCAACAGUCCCUAGUCUGUUGAAUUCUCUUAGGGUCCAUACCAAACGGGAGCCAAGCUGGAAGCUGGAAUCAUCGCCUAAAGCACCACGGCUACCUAUACUCACACUCCCAAAUAAAUGUUUGCAAUUUGUGCUGCAUGACCCCCACCAACUGCAUCAAGUCGAGGGAAGGAACACAAGUGGCCAGUCAGCAUGCAUCCUGCAUGCUCGCAAUUCAACUGCCUCGGGGAUAUAUCGAUUGCAGCAGGUUUGAUAAUUGCUACUGUUUUUUUUCACAGUUGGUGGUGAAAUCAGUAAUGAAACAUGUGAAGUGCUAUGCGUUAUAAACGAAUAGAUAGGAAUGUUCAAUAACCGGGAUUUUCAUUAAUAUCUAAGGAAUUUCUCAAAAGAAUUUACCGAGAAAUUCUUAAAUCAUAAUUUUCUAAAAAAAAGUCGGUGGACUUAAUGAAUUAAUCUAUGGAGUUUCCAGAAGAAGUCCAGAACAAAUUGUCAAAAAAACUUACCAGAGGUAUUCCUCUAAGCAUUCCGGAUAGAAUAUCGCAGAUGUUGGCUGAGAAAAUCUUGAAGAAACUAUUAUUUUUUCAGAGUUUCAUUUUUUUAGAGUUUCGGCAUUUCUUCUGAAACUUCCGUGGUAACUUCGAUUUUUUUCAAUUUUCAUUUGUUUUUUGAUAUAUAAUCGGAGGAAUUCUUAAAGAAGUUUUCAAAUUUAUUCCUAAGGAUAUGUCCUUCUGAAUUAACCUUCAUCCAGCCAACGUACAUUUUCCACCUUCGGAAAAGCACAAAAAUGGUCAUAACUUUUUUGUUUUUCGAUGGAUUUUGUUGAAAUUUUCACAACUUCCCGAAGUGUCCCAAAAGUGUUUUUAGUAGUAGGAUAAGAUUUAUAAGUUAGGCAACAGUCUGUACAACCUAGUGUUGAAGAUGAUGGUAAAUAAAUAAAUAAAAACUUUUCUAGUUUUUGAUGCCGGGGACAUAAGUGCCUGGUCCACAUGGUUCCGGAGUUAUUCCGGAUUGUCUUGGGGUACCAAAAUUGGCCACAUACUUUGCGCAAAGUAUAUCUCAAGAUCCCGAUGAGAUAGAAGUAUAGCGUCUUGGGCGAAUUUGUUCAGCAGGUUAAGAACUAACUGGCACCGGCGACUUUGGUUCGUGAUUCGGCCGCUAGGCGGCGCCAGUGUCAAAAAUGUUCAAACCCUCAUAUCUCAGAAACCUGAUGAGAUAGAAUGAUGCUGUCUUCGGCAAAAUUCUUCAGCAAGCUCAGAACUAUCUGAUAGUAAAGUCUUUGGUUUGGGAUUUAUCCGCUAGGUGGCGCCUUGUGUCUGAAAAAUUCAAACACGAAUAUCUCGAUACCCUAAUAAGGUACAAGCAUGCCGUUUUCAGCAAAGUUGAUCAGCAGGCUAAGAGCUAUCUGGCAAUGGUGUCUUUGGUUCGAGAAUCGUACGCUAGGUGGCGCCAGGGUAAAAAAUGUUCAAACUUCUAUAUCUCAGAAUCCUGAUAAGAUAGAAUGAUGCCGUCUUCAACAAAGUUCUUCAGCAAGCUAAAAACUGGCUGAUAGUUGAGUCUUUGAUUCGUGAUUUAUUCGUUAGGUUAUUCGCUACACCAUCUUUGACCUCCUGUAGACAAAUUUUGUUACCCCACAAUAUUGCUCCGUUUAGUUCCGGGAAUGUCUCCGGGAAUUUCUACAGGAACUCUUCCGGAUUUUUUUCCAAGAAUUUCUCCGGAAAUUUCUCUAGGUAUUCCUCUGGAAAUUUCUCCGGGAAUUUCUCUAGGAAUUCCUCUGGAAAUUUCUCCGGGAAUUCUUCUGGAAAAUUUUCCAAGAUGUUCUCUAGGACCCUCAUAGGAACUCCUUCUGGGAAUUUCUCCAGGAGUUUUCCAGGAAUUCCUCCGGAUUUCCUCCGAGAAAUUCCACAGGAAUACCUCGAUGAGUUCCUCCGGAAAUUAAUCCAUGAAUUCGAGAUUUUCCUCAGAAAUUCCUGAAAGAAUUUCUCCGACAAUUUUUCUAGGAGUUCCUCUAGGAAUAUCCCUGCUCGGGUAGGGGACCUUAGGCCAACAACCUAAUGUUCCCACAGGACUGAAAGUAAGUAGUGUCCUCCGGCACUUUUUUAGGGACC